AUGAGUGGGAACUGGGAAGCCUACGAUUUUACUCAUUCUAGUUUAUGUCCAGAGUAUCAUCUUCAACUCUUGCCAUUAAAUUGUAUGUUGUUUUUAAAGAAAACAAAGAUGGCACAUCACCACUCAAAACCCCUUCAAGAUUCUCUCUUCUGCUUAGAAGAUCAUUGGGAAGAAGAACAAGUUGUAGAAGAUGAUUACUACACGACAACAACAAACUCCUCCCCUGUGGUCUUGUUAGAACACGACCUCUUUUGGGACCAUGAAGAAUUAGCAUCUCUUCUCUCCAAAGAACACCACAACAAACUAUGUAACUGCCUCCAAAACAACCCAAGUUUGGCUUUAGCUCGCAAAGAAGCCAUAGAGUGGAUUCUAAAAGUGAAUGCCCAUUACUCCUUCUCUGCCCUCACCACAGUUCUUUCUGUCAACUACUUCGAUAGGUUCCUUUUCAGCUUCAGCUUUCAGAAUGAGAAACCUUGGCUCACACACCUAGCUGCUGUGGCUUGUCUCUCUCUAGCUGCUAAGGUUGAAGAGACCCAUGUGCCCCUCUGUAUAGACCUUCAAGUGGAGGAGAGUAGAUACCUGUUUGAAGCAAAAACAGUUAAGAGAAUGGAAAUCUUGGUGCUUUCAACUCUUGGAUGGAAGAUGAAUCCGGUAACACCUCUCUCCUUUCUUGAUUAUAUCACAAGGAGACUUGGGUUAAAGGGUUAUCUUUGCUGUGAAUUCCUCAAGAGGUGUGAAGCUGUUCUUCUCUCUGUCUUUUCAGAUUCCAGAUUUAUGAGUUAUCUUCCUUCUGUGUUGGCAACUGCUACAAUGAUGCACGUCGUCAACAUUGUGGAACCUCGUCUAGGAGUUGAAUACCAAAAUCAGCUCUUGGGUAUUCUUGGAAUCCACAAGGACAAGGUGGAAGAGUGCUAUAAGCUGGUGUUGGAGAUUGUGUCAGGGUACGAUGACAAGGGUAAAACAUUCAAGUUUGGCAAACGCAAGUUAGGGUCGGUUCCUUGGAGCCCAAAUGGUGUAAUGGAUGGGUCAUUUAGCUGUGAUAGUACGAACGAGUCUUGGGAGUUAGGUGCAUCGGUUCAAUCUUCACCAGAGCCAUUGUCCAAGAAGGCUAGGACUCAAGAUCAGCUUCUAUUGAACCAUUCAAAUUCAGAUUUUCUCACCAUUCCUCGCUAG